AUGAACACCCAAAUCUGUAAUACCAUGGAAGAUCAUAGCCAUGACGCAGAGGAAACACUUUCUCUCUCCGAUCUUCAUAUUAAAGACGAUGCCAUCGAUUCAAAAGAAGUUUCUAAAGCAAAUCAUAGUUCAUCGUCUUCCUCCUCCUCGUCGACUUCAUUUGAUCAAGAUUUUUUGGGGUUUUUCAGUGAAGAAUGGAGUCGUGAUCCAUCUUAUAAUGCUUCACCUGAAAACUUUAUUUUUUGUGGGAAAGUAGUUUCUUCCAAAACAUCCAUUGCCGGAAUUAAGAAGACUGAAACCAAGAGCCAAGUUAGUCCAUUAUUUCGGUCAAGUUCUGAUUCUUUUAGAUUCAUGACCUUGAAAACUGCUUCCAAGCCAAGCACUCCGAGAUCAAAGUCAUUGCCAAAUAGAUUGCCAAAAUCAUCUUCAUGCAAGUCAAAGUGGCAGGUGUUUAUGUUUGGGUUUGGAUCAGGCAAGUUCCCUACUAAAAUGGAUAUGAGUGACAUCAAGACCAGACAAUUCCGGCGGAAGAGUACAGUAACCGUGUCUCAAUGGGUUGAUGACGGCAAGGACGAGUGCGUUGGCCGGAGAAGCGGUAAAAAGGGUUGGUGGCGGUUGGUCGACGUUCUUGGAUGUAGCGGUGGAUAUGAUAAGGACACCAUGGUGGUCAUAUAA